AUGGAUACUUCCUCAGAGAAAACUCCUUAUGGACUCCGAUAUAGUAUCUCCGUCCCCUCCGCCUCCAUUGCAAAGCUCAGCCCCGACGGGCACAUGUUCGCGGUAGCAUCCGCGGACAAACUCGUGCGCAUCUAUGAUGCACGCCACGGCCGGCUUGUACGCGCGCUCGUGGGCCACACGCGCGGUGUCUCGGACCUCUGCUGGGCGCCCGAUUCUGCGCAUCUCGCAUCGUGCGCGGACGACAUGACCAUCCGCCUCUGGCGCGUCGAGCACGGCACGUGUCUCAAGGUGCUCCGUGGCCAUACGUACCAUGUAACAUGUCUCCUGUUCAACCCGCGUGGAAACUUGCUCAUCUCGGGCUCCGCGGACGAGGCGAUUCGCAUCUGGGAUAUUGCACGCGGUAAGUGUCUCAAGACGCUCUCGGCACAUUCCGAGGCGAUCUCCAGCAUUGACAUGAGUUGGGACGGUACCAUCAUUGCGAGCUCUUCGUACGACGGCAUGAUCCGUCUUUUCGACGCGGACCUGGGCCAGUGCUUGAAGACGCUUAUUUACGACCGUGGCGACAGUUCGUUCCCUGCGAGCUACGUCCGCUUCUCUCCCAACGGCCGCUACGUGCUUGCCAGCACCUUUGACGGCUGUGUGCGCUUAUGGGACUACACGCACAACAAGGUUGCCAAGACGUACCGCGGCCUGCGACCGCUCUUUGAGAAAUACAACUGUGGCACGCGUUUCGUCACACUGCUGAUGCGUCCCAUGGUGGUUUCUGGUGCCGAGGAUGGCCAGAUCCAUCUCUGGGACAUGCAGAGUAAGGUCAUAGUGGGGUUGUUGAAUACGGGAUCCUCCCCUGUGUUGGAGGUGGAUGUUUGGGAUCAGGGCACAGUGUUAAUAAGCUGCUCGCUUAAGGGUGAUGUACACGUGUGGGAUCUUGUGGAGGGGACGAAGUGA